AUGUCAGCUAAUUUUACUGUCGAGAUACUGAAUGUCAACGAGAAACCGUCGUUGCUCACUUUCAAGAAUAUCGGAGGUCAAAUACAGUUUAGUGAUAAUUUCCCAUCAGUGAACGAAAUGAGUGCCGACGGAAGCGGUACGACAGUCGGAACGGUCGUUGGAACGAUGGAAGCGAUUGACGCAGACAGUGGGGACAAAUUGACAUUCUCUUUGGACAACGACGGAGGCGGUCGCUUUUCUCUGUCUCAGAGCACAUCAAAAUGCCAAACAGCAAGGAACAAGGAUGUAAAGACUGUUUGUAGCAUUCAAGUGUUGGUCGUUGGGACAUUAGACUAUGAAUCGGUGACACAACACACUGUGACGGUCAAAGCGACAGAUCAAGGAGGAUUAGUAGUUUCCAAACAGUUUACUGUCAAAGUGAACGACGUCAACGAACAUCCUACGAACAUUAGUGCAUCUGAAGGAGUCUUUCGAGUAACCGAGAACGCAAACGGAGCGACAGUCGCAUCUCUGAUCACAACAGAUCCAGAUCGAGGCCAGUCGUUUGUGUACAAAAUUGUGGACAAUCCAGCUGGACCUUUUACAUUGGAUGGCAAUGUUCUGAAAGUGAAGCAAACGGGAAAUAUCGACUACGAGAUCAAGUCGUCGUAUACAGCUACGAUUCGGUCGACAGACAACGGGAAUCCUUCUCGCAGUUUCACCAAGAAAAUCGUUGUGAAAAUUAUUGAUAUUAACGAACCGCCAACUAGCAUUUCUCUUGCCCACGAUAAGAUAGCAGAAAACAGCGGUACUGGUACGGUUGUCGACGUUCUUCUCAUCAGUGAUCCCGAAACGAGUCAAUCUCAUACGUGUACAAUGUUGGACGAUGCAGGAGGACGGUUUGUUAUGAAUGUUUUGAAUUUAGAGGUACGAGCGUCCAACGCAAGUUGCAUUCAAGCCGGUGGCGCAAAUUGUUUGCUCAACUACGAACAAAACAAAUGGCACAAAGUGACUGUACGCUGUACGGACAACGGAAAUCCAUCAAUGUUUAAAGACAAACAGUUUACUAUUAAUGUCGUCGAUCGUAACGAUCCACCGAGAGAGUUGAAACUCAGCAAACAAAGAAUCAGUGAAACGUUUAACAUUGGAGACGUAAUCGGCGUGUUUUCGGCUGUGGACGAAGACAGCGGUCAAUCGAUGUCGUAUUCACUCACCAGCAACAGCAAUGGUGUAUUUGAUGUGAAGAACUCACAACUUAUUCUUAAGAAAUCGCUCAACUUUGAACAACAAAAAACUCACAAUAUCGUCGUCAAGGUCACCGACAAUGGCACCCCACCUCUCUCGAUGACGAGAAACUUUACCAUUGAAGUUAUCGACGAAAACGAAUCUCCACUCAUUGUGACUUUUCUUGAUUUGAAUGGCCAGUUGACGUUUCCUACCAACUUUCCAGAAGUAAAGGAGAAUUCAGCAACAAACACAGUUGUGGGCACGAUUGAAGCCGGAGACCCGGAUAUCAAUGAAAAGAUUGUCUUCAAGUUGACGGAUGAUGUCGGUGGUUUGUUUACACUAUCCACUCCGUCGCGAAGCAGUUGCAAGAACGAAUCUGGAACUGCAGGUGUCAAGACUAAGUGUCAGGUGCAACUUUUUGUGUCUGGAAUGUUGAAUUACGAGCUGAAUAGCCAGCACGAUAUCACAGUGUUAGUAUCCGACUCAAACGGUAAGACCUACUUGGCCAACUUCACGGUCACCGUACAAGAUAAUAUGGAAUUAGCCGGUGGAGUGGCGACAGUUACUGAAAACCAGCAGUCAGCUGUAGUAGGAGAACUCGUCACAACCGACGACGACCGACAUAAGAAGUUUACUUACUCUCUUGUGAGUGAUGGAGGUGGACCGUUUGAUAUAGUGGGGAAAGAAGUUCGACUGAAGAGCAGAACAAGCGUCGACUACGAGAAGAACAAACAAUUCAGCAUCCGCAUUAAAGUGAUCGACGGAGGAUCACCCGCAAUGUCUUUGACGAAAACGUUUAUGGUGAAAGUUAUUGACGUCAAUGAAGCUCCCACCAAUGUCUAUUUGUCUAAAUACGAGGUCAAUGAAAAUAGUGACGCGGGUACAGAAAUAGGAACUAUUAGUACAAAAGACCCGGACAAUGACGAUACAAUUACUCAGACUCACAUUUAUAGAUUAGUUGACGACGCCGGAGGAAGAUUCGCAAUCGUCAAUGGUGCUCUUAAGGUGAAACCUUCAAACAAGCAAUGUUUGAAUUCUGGUGGAGAUUUCUGUUUGCUGAAUUACGAAAAGUCGACAAGUCAUCGCAUUGUAAUCGAAGUUACUGACAGUGGCAAACCGUCAAUCAAGAAAGAGUUUGUAGUAACAAUUAAAGUUUUGGAUGUCAACGAUAGUCCUCGAUCAUUAACAGUCAGCAAUCUGUUGGUUAACGAAAAUCUUCGUAAAGGAACUCUAAUAGGAAGCGUGUCAGCUGUUGAUGAAGAUUCUAGUUCCUCUCUAUCAUAUCACAUUAUUUCGAGCGACGGUGGAAAGUUUAACUUGAGUGGUAACCAACUGUUUACUGGACAGCUCGAGAACUAUGAAGUUCGAUCGUCAUACCAACUCAAACUGCAAGUCAAAGACAACGGAUCUCCACAACUUUCUAUAAAUCAAUUGUUUACUGUGACCGUUAUUGAUGUCAACGAACGACCAACUUCGGUUUCUGUCCUCCCAACAGACGGACAAUUAAACUUCACGGUCAACUUUCCCAAAAUUCGAGAGCACACAUUGGCUGGUACUGCUAUCGGUACAGUGGAAGUAGUGGACGUGGAUAAAGGAGAAAUGAUGACGAUCACUUUGGACAACGAUGACGGAGGGAAUUUUCGAAUAGCAACGGGAAAUGACGUUCGUUGUGCUUCUACAACAUUACAAGGUUUCAAUUCCGUUUGCCGAGCAAAACUUUUUGUUGGAAAGACGUUAGAUUACGAAGUCAAUGUACAACACACGAUCAUCAUUCGCGCUACCGACAAAAGUGGACACGGUCUCUCUCGAGUAGUCAAGUUGACUGUCUUUGUAGUAGACGUCAAUGAUCCUCCAACUGACGUGGAUGUGGCUAGUGGCAAUCCUCGUGUGCACGAAAAUGUAAACGGUGCUGUCGUUGGAGAAGUGUCGGUCACAGAUCAAGACACGUGGCAGACGCACUCGUGUCAACUUACUGACAGCGCCGGUGGCCGUUUUGUGAUGGUCGGUCGCGAAGUACGAGUGAGUUCGAAUGCAAACUUGGACUACGAGUCGCAGCAGCAACAUACUAUAACCGUCCAAUGUACUGACGACGGAACUCCUCCUCUUAGUAUAACGAAGAGUUUUACAGUCAAAGUUCUCGAUGUCAACGAAGCUCCUACUGCACUUUCUCCAACUGUACUGUACGUGGAUGAAAACAGCGCUAAAGGUACUGUGGUUGGAACUUUGACUAGCAACGAUCCUGAAGCAAGUCAGACGCAUACACAUCGACUGAUCAAGUCACCAGGCAAUCUUUUUGCUCUAAAUGGAGAUAAGUUAGAGGUGAAUGUUAACAACAGCAAGUGUCUAGCGUUUGGUGGAAGUAACUGUCAACUCAACUACGAGACGAACGCUCUCUAUAAUCUCGUCAUUCGCUCAACGGACAGCGGCAAUCCGCCUCGUUCCACCGACUUCACUAUUACCAUCAAAUUACGAGAUGUCAACGACAAACCUGGAAACGUGAACCUAACCGGUUACACGAUUAAAGAAAACGCAAUCUCGGGGACGGAGAUCGCAAACGUGUCGGCCAUCGACGAAGACGCACGGCAACGUAUUACAUACUCAUUGAGCACUAAUCCUGGAAAUGUGUUUGCUAUCAAAGGAGAUAAGUUGAUAACCACUAGUAGCUCGAUUGAUUACGAAACCCGUAAAACCUACAAGAUUGUCAUCGUCGCAACAGACAACGGCAAUCCGCCAAAAUCUACAUCGUCUUCCUUCACAAUCGACGUUCUCGCACAGAACGAACCGCCCGUCGAGUUUAAGUUUAGUGCUACAGGCGGACAGCUCUCAUUCCCGGACGACAAAGCAAAAAUUGGAGAGAAUGCAGUGAAGAAUACGGUCGUGGGGACGAUAGUGGUGUACGACCAGGACGCAAACGAGCAGUUGACGUUGAAACUGGACGACAAUGCGGGUCGACGGUUUGCUCUGAACACAAUGAAACCACAAUGUAUUACAGUCAAUACAUUGAGCGCCAAAACAAAGUGCGAAGCUCAACUGCUAGUCGACGGCGCUUUAGACCACGAGAAAGAUUCGCUCCUUGAUAUCGUUAUUCGCGCUACGGACAGAAACGGACUCUUCAAGAUCGCGCGCUACCAGAUUACAGUCGUUGAUGCCAACGAGCCACCAAGAGACAUCACUGUUGCUAGUGGUAAGCUUUCUGUUCAAGAAAAUCUUAAUAACUUUGCAGUCGCUGAAUUCGCAACGGUCGACGAAGAUGUCGGCAACAAACACACGUACUCGCUUGUCAACGACGCUGGCGGAAAGUUUGCUAUUACUGGUAGUCAGCUGGUGACGUCUGCAAAGGCAAAUCUUGACUUUGAAAAGACAUCAAAAUACACGAUCGUCGUGAGAUCAACAGACAAGGGAGGAUUAUCCGUAGACAAAACGUUUACUGUGACCGUAGAAGACGUCAACGAGGUUCCUAUCUCGAUGAGUUUGAUAAACUCCGAGGUGGCGGAGAAUAGUAAUGCGGGCACGGUGGUUGGCACCAUUCAGACGAAAGAUCCCGAUAACCUGUUGGUAAAUCGUCAGUCGUUUACGUAUACGCUACUGGAUGGCGACCAAAAACGAUUUAAGAUUGAAAACGGCGUCGUGAAGGUGGCUGUCGAUCAAUGGGAGUGCAACAAAAAGGGCGGUUUGUAUUGCAAACUCAACUAUGAAGUGAGCAAGACACAUAAGAUUACUGUGACGGUGACCGACAACGGCAGUCCGGCAUUGUCAAAGACGUUUACCUUAACUAUCACCGUUACCGACGUGAAUGACAAACCAAGACAAUUGACGAUCGAUAAGUUCAAAAUAGCGGAAAACGUCAAAAUUGGUACGGAUGUUGGCACGUUGAGUGCGUCUGAUGAAGAUGUCGGUCAAGUAUUGACAUACACGAUUACAAAUUCCAGUCAGUUUUUCAAGACGAAAGGCAAUCGGCUUAUCGUCGCUCGUUUACUUGACUACGAGAGUGCAAAGUCUCACGUCAUUACAGUUAAAGUAUCUGACGAUGGAUCACCAUCUCUAACGAUGUCAGCUAAUUUUACUGUCGAGAUACUGAAUGUCAACGAGAAACCGUCGUUACUCUCUUUCAAGAAUGUUGGAGGUCAAAUACAGUUUAGUGAUGAUUUCCCAUCAGUGAACGAAAGGAGUGCUGACGGAAGCGGUACGACAGUCGGAACGGUCGUUGGAACGAUGGAAGCGAUUGACGCAGACAGUGGGGACAAGUUGACAUUCUCGUUAGACAACGACGGAGGCGGUCGCUUUUCUCUGUCUCAGAGCACAGCAAAGUGUCAAACAACAACGAACAAGGAUGUAAAGACUGUUUGUAGCAUUCGAAUGAUCGUCGCUGGAACAUUAAACUAUGAAUCAAGCACACAACACAAUAUAACGAUCAAGGCCACAGAUCAAGAAGGAUUAAUAGUUUCCAAACAGUUUACUAUUAAAGUGAACGACGUCAACGAACAUCCUACGGACAUCAGUGCAUUUGAAGGAGUCUUUCAAGUAAAAGAGAAUGCAAACGGAGCGACAGUCGCAUCUCUGGUCACAACAGAUCCAGAUCGAGGCCAGUCGUUUGUGUACAAAAUUGUGGACAAUCCAACUGGACCUUUUACAUUGGAUGGCAAUGUUCUGAAAGUGAAGCAAACGGGAAACAUCGACUACGAGAUCAAGUCGUCGUAUACAGUUACGAUUCGAUCGACAGACAACGGAAAUCCUUCUCGCAGUUUCACCAAGAAAAUCGUUGUGAAAAUUAUUGAUAUUAACGAACCGCCAACUAGCAUUUCUCUUGCCCACGAUAAGGUAGCAGAAAACAGCGGUACUGGUACGGUUGUCGACGUUCUUCUCAUCAGUGAUCCCGAAACGAGUCAAUCUCAUACGUGUACAAUGUUGGACGAUGCAGGAGGACGGUUUGUUAUGAAUGUUUUGAAUUUAGAGGUACGAGCGUCCAACGCAAGUUGCAUUCAAGCCGGUGGCGCAAAUUGUUUGCUCAACUACGAACAAAACAAAUGGCACAAAGUGACUGUACGCUGUACGGACAACGGAAAUCCAUCAAUGUUUAAAGACAAACAGUUUACUAUUAAUGUCGUCGAUCGUAACGAUCCACCGAGAGAGUUGAAACUCAGCAAACAAAGAAUCAGUGAAACGUUUAACAUUGGAGACGUAAUCGGCGUGUUUUCGGCUGUGGACGAAGACAGCGGUCAAUCGAUGUCGUAUUCACUCACCAGCAACAGCAAUGGUGUAUUUGAUGUGAAGAACUCACAACUUAUUCUUAAGAAAUCGCUCAACUUUGAACAACAAAAAACUCACAAUAUCGUCGUCAAGGUCACCGACAAUGGCACCCCACCUCUCUCGAUGACGAGAAACUUUACCAUUGAAGUUAUCGACGAAAACGAAUCUCCACUCAUUGUGACUUUUCUUGAUUUGAAUGGCCAGUUGACGUUUCCUACCAACUUUCCAGAAGUAAAGGAGAAUUCAGCAACAAACACAGUUGUGGGCACGAUUGAAGCCGGAGACCCGGAUAUCAAUGAAAAGAUUGUCUUCAAGUUGACGGAUGAUGUCGGUGGUUUGUUUACACUAUCCACUCCGUCGCGAAGCAGUUGCAAGAACGAAUCUGGAACUGCAGGUGUCAAGACUAAGUGUCAGGUGCAACUUUUUGUGUCUGGAAUGUUGAAUUACGAGCUGAAUAGCCAGCACGAUAUCACGGUGUUAGUAUCCGACUCAAACGGUAAGACCUACUUGGCCAACUUCACGGUCACCGUACAAGAUAACGUGGAAUUAGCCGGUGGAGUGACGACAGUUACUGAAAACCAGCAGUCAGCUGUAGUAGGAGAACUCGUCACAACCGACGACGACCGACAUAAGAAGUUUACUUACUCUCUUGUGAGUGAUGGAGGUGGACCGUUUGAUAUAGUGGGGAAAGAAGUUCGACUGAAGAGCAGAACAAGCGUCGACUACGAGAAGAACAAACAAUUCAGCAUCCGCAUUAAAGUGACCGACGGAGGAUCACCCGCAAUGUCUUUGACGAAAACGUUUAUGGUAAAAGUUAUUGACGUCAAUGAAGCUCCCACCAAUGUCUAUUUGUCUAAAUACGAGGUCAAUGAAAAUAGUGACGCGGGUACAGAAAUAGGAACUAUUAGUACAAAAGACCCGGACAAUGACGAUACAAUUACUCAGACUCAUAUUUAUAGAUUAGUUGACGACGCCGGAGGAAGAUUCGCAAUCGUCAAUGGUGCUCUUAAGGUGAAACCUUCAAACAAGCAAUGUUUGAAUUCUGGUGGAGAUUUCUGUUUGCUGAAUUACGAAAAGUCGACAAGUCAUCGCAUUGUAAUCGAAGUUACUGACAGUGGCAAACCGUCAAUCAAGAAAGAGUUUGUAGUAACAAUUAAAGUUUUGGAUGUCAACGAUAGUCCUCGAUCAUUAACAGUCAGCAAUCUGUUGAUUAACGAAAAUCUUCGUAAAGGAACUCUAAUAGGAAGCGUGUCAGCUGUUGAUGAAGAUUCUAGUUCCUCUCUAUCAUAUCACAUUAUUUCGAGCGACGGUGGAAACUUUUACUUGAGUGGUAACCAACUGUUUACUGGACAGCUCGAGAACUAUGAAGUUCGAUCGUCAUACCAACUCAAACUGCAAGUCAAAGACAACGGAUCUCCACAACUUUCUAUAAAUCAAUUGUUUACUGUGACCGUUAUUGAUGUCAACGAACGACCAACUUCGGUUUCUGUCCUCCCAACAGACGGACAAUUAAACUUCACGGUCAACUUUCCCAAAAUUCGAGAGCACACAUUGGCUGGUACUGCUAUCGGUACAGUGGAAGUAGUGGACGUGGAUAAAGGAGAAAUGAUGACGAUCACUUUGGACGACGAUGACGGAGGGAAUUUUCGAAUAGCAACGGGAAAUGACGUUCGUUGUGCUUCUGCAACAUUACAAGUAAUCAUUUCAAUCAUUCUGCUUUCAGAUUGA